AUGGCCGUCUCCACUGAGGACCUCGAGUCUUUCCAAACAAUCGACGACCUAGAACGCAGUGCAUUGCGCAUCUUAUCUCCUAAAGCACUUUCUUAUUAUCCCUCUGCAACAGAUGAUGAAAUUACGAAAGUGGCCAAUCAUGACAUCUAUCGGAGGGUUUUUCUUCGGCCUAGAUUGUCACUUCAGGAAUCCGGAACCGAUAUCGACCUCAGUACAAUGUUCCUAGGUCUGAAAUGUGGCGUUCCUAUUCAUGCCUCACCAGCUGCAGCGGCUCGUUUAGCACAUGCGGACGGCGAGGCUGGGAUUGCAUCGGCAUGUUCUACAUUCAACGCCAUCUAUAUAAUCUCGCACAACGCCUCAAUGGCCCCGGAAGACAUCAUCAGAGCCGGGCGACACGACGGCCACACAAUAUUUGGAUGGCAGCUCUAUGUGCUUAAGGAUAUAAAAAGGACGGAAGCGACGUUGACCCGUAUACGACAGAUCCCAGAAAUAAAGUUCAUUGUGCUGACGCUCGAUGCUCCAUUUCCGGGAAAGAGAGAGGCCGACGAGAGGUUCAAAAUGGGGGAGCUGGCCGCUAGCGGUGGGACCCAAGUCUUGGGGACCGAGGCCGGUCUCAGGUGGAACGAGACGCUGGAGUGGUUGAAGAAUCACACGUCGCUGCCAAUAGUGCUGAAAGGGAUCCAGACGUUCGAAGAUGCACAUCUUUCCACCUUGUAUCCAUGCGUCAAAGGUAUCAUCAUCUCCAAUCAUGGUGGUAGAGCCCUAGACACUACCACGACACCGCUGCAGGUGCUCCUGGAGAUUCGAAAGCAUUGUCCGCACGUGCUAAAACACUUUGAUGUCCUGGUAGAUGGUGGCAUCAAGCAUGGCUCGGAUGUUGUCAAGGCUCUGGCCCUGGGUGCGAAGGGAGUGGGCGUCGGAAGAGUGCCCCUGUAUGGCCUUGCUCUUGCAGGACGGAAAGGUGUUCAGAGGGCUCUGCGAAUCCUUCUUAAUGAGACAAUUGUCGCCAUGAGGCGACUGGGUGUUCAGAGGGUCCAGGACCUAAACGCGAAGCAUGUCAACGUGACCGCCUUGGAUCGUUUGCUGUAUGACGGCCCUAUUCAGUGGGGAAACAGCAGCAACACACGAUCUAAACUAUGA